AUGGAGGUUUUGGAAACUCUUGACUUGUCCAUGAACCGAUUCCAUGGUGAAAUCCCUUCAAGUUUCUCCAAUUUGAAUUUCUUAAAUCACUUCAACUUGUCCUACAACAACUUGACAGGACAAAUCCCAUUAAGCACCCAGCUCCAAAGCUUUGACAAGUUUUCUUACAUUGGCAAUCAUCUUUGCGGACCUCCUGUCACUAAAACUUGUAGCAGAAAUGGUGAAACACCUGAUGUCACAAAUGGAGGUAGCAGUGGAGGAAAGAAAAGGUCUAAGUUGAAUUGGCUUUAUGUAAGCAUAGUGCUUGGAUUUGUGAUAGGGUUUUGGGGAGUAGUGGCUCCCUUGUUUUUCAUCAGGUCUUGGAGGUUUGCUUAUUAUCAAAAAUUGGAGCAAAUUGGUGACAAGCUAUACGUGUUUUGGGCUACUAUUGUGAAAGAUGAAAAGGAUGUUGAGACUGAUGCACGUAGUCAUGCCAGUCAUAAUGUGGGAAACUGUCACUGCCCCAAAGAAAGGUGA